AUGUCGAGUACCAGCACAUCAUCACCAGAGUCGACACCAUUUCCAGAGUCCUCUCUCAAUUAUGACCAAAUUGUCAAACAAGAAUUCGACCACCUCUCCAAAGUACACCCACAGUACAAAGACAUUCCGACCUGCAUGUCUCUCCUAGGCCUCUACUUGUCCUGCAAUGGCUUCAAGAACCACAUGCGGUCGAUAUACCGAGACGGCGAAAUGGCAAAAUUCUGCAUGAAGAUGAAGUUUAAGACUGAGGAGGAGAGGCGCGAGGCGUGGUUAUUACAUCGCGCAAAAUGGUGGGCGACACGACGGACUACGGGGAGCAGCGAGGACGUCUGGGAUAUUCGAACUAAACCUCUGGAUAAUUACCCUGGCCCGCCUCGCACGUUUACAUUCGACUGGGACUCCAAAGAUUUCGUUGCUCUGCCGGAUACCAAACCAUCCUAA